GAAGGAAAAAUUAUACACUGCCACAAAUCUAUUUCAUGUUUUUCUUUCCCUGUUGCAGAUGCGUUUUUCGGCCCGAUAUGCGACUACGUGAUCGCGCCCGUGGUGCGCUACUCGUCGGUGUGGAACAUUCCCGUGCUGACGGGCGGCGGCCAGGCCGAGAACUUCGCCUUCAAGGAGAACUUCCCCGUCCUUACCAGGAUGCAGGGCUCCUUCGGGCUGGUGGGCGAGACCAUGAAGGGCAUCCUGCACGUGUUCGGCUGGAAGGUCGUCGGGCUGCUCUUCCACAACAAUGAGGUCGGCAGCUCGCAGGGCAACUCGCCGUGCUACUUCACCGGGGCGGCCGUCUACAAGGCGCUCAACUCGACGCCCGUCCACCAUAACUUCAACGAGAACACGGCGAGCGCGGAGGAGCUGCGCGAGCACCUGGUGUACGUCACCAGCAGGGCCAGGAGUGAGUAUACAUAUAACCACCCCACCUGCCCGUCUGCGUCGGGGCCGCGGGCGGCGCGUGGCCAGCGAAGCUGGCGCUGACGCUCCAAUAACACG